AUGUGUUCCAAUAACAAGGAAACCGCUAAUGAAGUCGAAACCGAGAGACAAGUGUUUGAUGAUUCAUCUGAAGAAGAUGAAUUUCGAGUCGAAGAUACCGUUGGAAAUGCCAACAAUUUGUUACAAAUUUCUCAACAACAACAACAACCAUUAGCUCCUGUUGUGAAGUGGGAGAGGUAUCUCCCAGUUAGAUCGCUGAAGGUUCUUUUAGUGGAGAAUGAUGACUCCACACGCCAAAUUGUUACUGCCCUUUUAAAGAACUGCAGUUAUGAAGUUACUGCUGUUUCGGAUGCAUUUGAAGCCUGGAGGAUCCUAGAAGACGAGAACAGUUGCAUAGAUCUUGUCUUAGCAGAGGUUGUCAUGCCUGUGAGCUCUGGAACCGGACUGCUGUGCAAGAUUAUGAGCCAUGAGACACUUAAGAACAUCCCCGUCAUAAUGAUGUCAUCUCAAGAUUCUAUGGUUCUGGUGUUCAAGUGUUUGUCAAAUGGUGCUGUUGAUUUUCUCGUGAAACCCAUUAGAAAAAACGAGCUGAAGAAUCUCUGGCAGCAUGUCUGGAGAAGAUGCCACAGCUCUAGCGGUAGCGGGAGUGAGAGUGGGAUACAGAACAAGAAGUCGGUGAAAACUGAAAGCACUGAAGGGUCAGAGAACGAUAGUGAUGAAGAUCAGGGGAAUGAAAGUAAUGGCUUGAGUAAUGGAGAUGGUGGGAGUGAUAACGGGAGUGGAACUCAGCCUCAGAGUUCUUGGACCAACAGAGGUGGUGAUAUUAACAGCGUUGAAGUACUGAAGGAAGUUGAAGAUCAGAAUGAACAAAUAGGCAUGAGAUCGAAGGCAGGAAAGUGUAUGAGUAAGAAAUCUGAAGAACCGGGAAAUCUAGAAAAGGAUGCAAAGUACUCUGUUGAAGCUUUGGAGAGAAACAACGAUGACAUGCUUAAUCGCUCUUCUGGUGACUCACAAGUAGAAAGCAAAACACCUUCACCUAGUCCGGAAGAUUUGCAUUCACUCGAGCUAACUCUGAAAAAACCAAGAGACGCUGGAGAUUACAGAAUCUGUGAUGGAAGUGUUUUGAGGCAUUCGAAUCACUCUGCAUUCUCAAAAUACAAUAACGGUGCUACUUCUGCCAAUAAGGCUCCAGAAGAAAAUGUGGGAAGUUGUUCUCCUCAUGACAGUUCGGUUGCAAAAACGAAUGGUUCUGGUUCGAGCAGUGAUGAUCCUUUGAAUCAGGAGUCUAUUGGAAGUGAACGAGCGGCACAAAGACAAGCUGCUUUGAUGAAGUUUCGCCUGAAACGUAAAGAGAGAUGUUUUGAGAAAAAGGUCAGGUACCAUAGCAGGAAGAAACUAGCUGAGCAACGGCCUCGCGUCAAAGGCCAAUUCAUUCGCAAGAGGGAUGAUUCUAAAUCGGGAAAUGAGUGUCCGAGCAGUGACGACAGUUGA